CGAUAUCGCUACCCCAUUUCUCACCUAAAUUUAUUCCUUCUCAUUAUUUUUUUCGCCUCCCCCAUUGUAACAUAACAUAACCUACACAACAUUCCUCCUGCUUAACUAAACAACAAUCAUUUUGUGAUCUCACACCCCUCGAUCCUUUGCUAAAAUUUCGACCACAUUCUAUCCGCUUUACAUCGAGUUACCAUAAAAGGGCGCCCCCGGGAUAACCGGGUCAGCGCACAUAAUGAACAACAUGGCUUCUGACCAUAGUUUUGGUGGCCACAACCACGACCGAUUAGGACCAGGCGAAGACGCUUUUGCGGGACAGACAAUGGUUUCUUCGCAAAAUGAUGGAGGCGAUGGCUUGGAUAUUUCUAUGGGACAAAAGAUGCUCUCCGCCAUUACCGGAAGUUUAUUGACUUCGAUACUGGUAACCCCUCUAGAUGUCGUCCGUGUCCGACUGCAAUCCCAAGGUUCGUCGCAGCCCGUUACAGACUUCCAAAGACUCGCAAUUUCGUCACCUAGUGCUUUUCGACCUUCGAAUCUCGGAGUUACUGCUUGCUGCCGCGAAGUGUUCUUCAUGAAUAACAGUGCCGAAGUUUGCAUCGCCGGUCCGAUUGGGAGUAUCCCUACCGCCGAGGAAUGCGCUGUGGAGGAGGUACAAAAGAGAAGAUUCAACUCAACAUUCGAUGGCAUCAAGAAGAUUGCACGCAACGAGGGAUUUACAUCCUUAUGGAGAGGUCUUUCGCCAACACUGGUCAUGGCCGUUCCGGCCAAUAUCAUUUAUUUCACCGGGUAUGAAUGGUUACGAUCCAACAAAGCGAGUCCCAUCAACAAAAUCACCAAUGACGAUUAUGCGCCCCUAGUGGCAGGCAGCACCGCACGGACAAUCGCCGCUAUGGCAGUCGGCCCAAUUGAAUUAUUUCGAACACGACUCCAGGCGUCCCCGGGAUCCACCGCGACUGGUCAUUUAGCAAAUACCUUUAAGGGUAUUCGAAAGAUGGUAGCGGAAGAUGGGUAUCGCUCUCUUUGGCGAGGCCUAAAUCUGACACUCUGGAGAGAUGUUCCCUUUUCUGGAAUGUAUUGGUUUGGCUACGAGACAAUCAGAGGCAAGCUUACUGAUAUGCGAGAGGAGCGACAAGGUCGGUCAUUGACUCGGGAUGACCAUGAAUCAAGGACGCGCGCAAGAUCCAGAUCCCAGAGCCGAGAGGGUCAUGCGGCAACUUUUAUGGAUAGUUUCACUGCGGGUGCUAUAUCAGGAGCCGUCGCAUCGACGGUAACAAUGCCAUUUGACGUAGGCAAGACCCGGACGCAAGUCUUUCGUGAUUCAGCGAACAAUGCGCUACCCGCGGCGGAUAAGGCUUUAGCUCCCGAGAAUCAACCGAUGAUGCGAUUCCUCUUGCAUAUCUACUCUACUGAGGGCUUGGCAGGACUUUGGAAAGGAUGGCUUCCUCGUACUCUCAAAAUUGCUCCAUCUUGUGCUAUUAUGAUUAGUAGCUACGAAGUUGGCAAGAGAGUGUUUAGGAGCAUCAACGAGCGAGAAGCACAAAAGCGGAACGAAGGCCAAAUUCAUGACCUUUGACGUUGUUACACUACUUCCUCCCCCCUCACUUUUUCAUCCUCUUCAUUAUGCAUUAGCAGGCGUUGUUUUGAAAUCAUGAUACCUUUUUAGAUGGCCAGGAUACCGGAACCAAAAUAAAA